AUGGCUCUGAGCACCGGAUUUCGCUUGCUCCGCUGCUGUGGCUCUCACCAUCCUCUCAGCUUCUCCAUGUCUCUCGGAGUCGGUGCUCCGACCCGGAUGCUCCAUAAACGGGUAUCUGAGCUCAGGGUCCUCUCCGUCAUGGGCCCACAUCGUCAGAGUAGGUUCUCAGUAAAAGCUUCGAGGCGGAGGGAAGAGGAAAUAGAUGGAGACGAUGGAAAUGGGAGUGUGAUGACUGUGAGAGAUAGAGGUGGAAGUGGGGGCGGAGGUGAUGGCAGGGUUGUAAUUUCUGAGCUGCACAAGGAGGCCACUGAAGCUUACAUGGCUUAUGCCAUGUCUGUGCUCCUGGGCCGAGCUUUGCCGGACGUCAGAGACGGGCUAAAGCCUGUCCACCGGAGAAUACUAUAUGCCAUGCAUGAAUUGGGGCUUUCCUCGAGGAAACCUCACAAGAAAUGUGCAAGAGUUGUUGGCGAGGUGCUUGGUAAAUUCCAUCCUCAUGGAGACAAUGCUGUGUACGAUUCGUUGGUUCGAAUGGCUCAGGAUUUCUCCUUGCGCUUCCCACUCAUUCAAGGGCAUGGGAAUUUUGGUUCAAUUGAUGCAGAUCCUCCUGCAGCAAUGCGUUACACAGAAUGCAGACUGAGGGCACUCACUGAGGCAAUGUUGUUGUCAGACUUGGACCAAGAUACUGUUGAUUUUGUUCCAAAUUUUGACAACUCCCAAAAAGAGCCAUCUUUGCUCCCUGCUCGUGUUCCGAACUUGCUGUUGAAUGGUGCUUCUGGGAUUGCAGUUGGAAUGGCUACAAAUAUACCACCACAUAAUCUUGGGGAGUUGGUAGAUGCACUGUCUGUGUUGAUUCGUAAUCCUGAAGCAACGUUGCAAGAAUUGCUGGAGUACAUGCCUGGACCUGACUUCCCAACAGGAGGAGUUAUAAUGGGUACCAUUGGCAUUUUGGAGGCAUAUAGAACUGGACGAGGGCGUGUCAUAAUCAGAGGGAAAACUGAUGUUGAAUUACUUGAUUCCAGAACCAGUCGUGCAGCAAUCAUCAUAAAAGAGAUUCCGUAUCAGACUAACAAAGCAUCCCUUGUGGAGAAAAUUGCUGAACUUGUGGAAAAUAAGAUUUUAGAAGGCAUAAGUGAUAUUCGUGAUGAGAGUGAUCGAUCUGGAAUGCGCAUAGUCAUUGAGCUUAAAAGAGGAUCUGAUCCAUCCAUUAUCUUGAAUAAUCUAUAUCGUCUAACAGCACUCCAGUCUACUUUUAGCUGCAACAUGGUGGGUAUCCUCAAUGGUCAACCGAAACAAAUGGGUUUAAAAGAAUUGCUUCAGGUUACAAAUUCUUACCUCACUGUCACUUUUGCACAUAUAGCUGAUGUGUUGCAUACAUUGAAAUGUUUUAUCAAUGGCAGCUUCCUAUCCUAA